CUUUGGACCGUCUGACUGUUGCCGUCAUCUGUCCUGUCACCCGGAGGGCUCCGUGUCACACCGCCUGGAUCCGCUGUCUGUCCCCGCCAGCGGGAUGAAACCGACAUAGAGAUAAAGGAGCAUCUCCUCCACGUCUUUCUCUUCUCCACGAGAGGAGCUUUGCUCCCACUCUCCUACCGGCGGAGAUAUGAGGCAUCCACUGGUCGAUCUAGCCGUGACAUUGUGGCUAUUUGCAGAGUGUGUAGAAGCGAAAAAGUACUGCUGGUAUUUCGAAGGUGGAUACCCCAUCUACUUCAUAUGUCGCUCCUAUGAGGACUGCUGUGGGACUCGCUGCUGUGUCAGAGCCCUGUCCAUCCAAAGCCUAUGGUACUUUUGGGUCCUGCUGAUGAUGGGAGUGUUGUUCUGCUGCGGCGCUGGCUUCUUCAUUCGCAGGAGGAUGUACCCGUCUCCUCUGAGAGAUGAGCCAGCCUUCAAUGUCUCCUUCACCAGGCACCCCGUUACCACACCAGUUUCCCAGCAGCCAGGGAGCAUGCAGGGCUUUGGGGUGAACGGAAUGACCGACCCAGGGAUUACCAUGACACACCCAGCAUACCCGCCGCAGCCUGGCUCUGCCCAUAUGAUGAUGGGUUUCUAUCCACCACCUCCAUCCUACUGCAACCAUCCACCUCCACCCUACGAACAAAUAUUUAAAAACAGUGACAAGAAAUGAUGUCUGCAAGGACUUGGCGAGGAAAGGAAAUAAGGGAAUGUGGCACUGAGGCUGAAUUAUCAGGAAGUUCAGACAAAGAGGAACACGUGGACGCUGUAAAAACUGGAAAACACACACUCUCCUGCCCCGUGGAAAAGACUGAAAGAGACACAAUAACCAGUCACUCACUCACUCUCCCUCACACACACAUACACACACACACACGCACACACAGCUUCAUCUGUGAGGCCUCCUUUCAAAGUUUUGUGGGUCUGUGUGUAUGAGCCAGCUUACAAAUGCUGGACAGAUGAUUUUUUUUUAAAGGCUCUUCUAAGAAAAGUGAAAAAUAUUUACGUCAAAUUCCAUAAUUAUAAAAACAGCUGGCUGUUAGAAGGCUCCUUUUCUAACCAGCAUAUUACUGCAGCAGCUGUUUUUGCAUCAUGACGAAAUGGUCAUUUUAUAUCACAGGUGUGCAGCCCGGUUACGCAGUGACAUAACGAGCAGCUUCACCUGAACACAUUCAUGUUGUCGCUCUUCUAGCGUCACAUGUUGAUUUUUGGUGUGACGGGAAACAGCGUGUCACAUAUGUUUGUAAAGGAGUUCCUCUGACACGUGCCAGCCGGCACUGAUCUGAUGACCCUGUUAGCACAGUGAUUAGUGCUUCAGGUACAUGAGGCUGCACACGUGUAAGAACAGGAACAUCUACGGUUAUUUUGGGAGCAGCGUUGGUGCAAUUACUCAAAAAAGUAAUUACUUUUAUUUUAAAAAAAAAAAAGUCAUGCAUCAUAUUACCUAUUUGUUAAAUGAAGAAAGUAAUUUGUUACUCUGCUUGUGUCACAUAAUUAAGUUAACAACAUAAACCUUAGCCUACAGUCCCACACUGACACAAAUUCCUUAUCAAAUGAGAGCACGCACACAAUUUUUCUAGUAGUUUUUAACAACAAACACCAGCCAAAAGAGAAGAGCGCUUCACACUGAGAUGUGGAGUGAUUCCACUGCAGAAAUAAACACAGGUAGAAAUAGAAGCUAUAAAGCUGCGAGUUUGACUCUUCAUCAGUGUUACAGUUUGUCGCCUGUUGAAAUCCAGCUGUGACGGCUUGGCUGGGGUCAGUACACGUCAUCAUCCUGGGUCCAAUGUUCUUUGCUGUUAGCAUGAUUUUUAGGACAUUAUUUUUUCUUUGUUAGUUAUUAAAAACACAGUUUUAAGUCAAAGAUGGUAUUGUGUGUGUGUCAGUAGGACAGCAGUGCUAGUCUCAGUAUUAAUGACUCAGCAUGCCUCCCAUUGUUUCCUGCAGCUGUUACAUUGCAUUUGUCUAGAACCAGAACCAAGAACCCAGAACCAAGAACCCAGAACCCAGAACCAAGCAUGGCCACAAAAACAGGCUUCACAGCACCACAAAGUAGAUGAGCCCAAAAGUGGAACUGCUGACAAGAGGACCUAAACCAUGAAAGUCAUUCAUCUUCAUGACUCACCCAUAACUACAGAGAGACAGAAUUAGUGAUGUGGAAAAAAAAAAAGCUUCAUGUAACGCUGUUCACAAACCACAGCAGCGCACCAGAACCCUGCAACAGCAUGUGCCAGGUCAGAGCUGGUUAGUACAGGAUGCAGAUAGUGACACACUGUGUGACUGUCUUCUACUGUGACAGGAUCUGUAGAAUCAGCCUCUAACACUAAAAUCCUAAAUAAACAGCUUGGAGAGGAAGGGGAGACAUGGCUGCCUGACUGAUGGUGCGCUGAUGGAGCUGCAGCAGUGAUCCUCUUCUGACUGUCUUCUUCUGUCAGACCUGCUGAAUCAUCGUGUGCAGGGAAACUGUAGGAAACUGUCUCUUGCAUUCAGCUUGUUUCUGGAUAUGAAUGGAUCCGUGCACUUUGUAAAUGUGAAUCAGUAGCUUCAGACUGGCCUGACUUCGUUCAACUUUCCCCUUUAAGCUUUUCUUACAAUGUUUCUUUUUUCUUAAGAUUGCUGCAGCAUGCAUCAAUCCUUAGUUUUGCUCAAACUGCUAAAACUGAAGCUACAGAUUUAACAGGAGCUACAAAACGACUUAAAACAGACCUAAAUUAUUAUUUAUUCAUUUGAACUAUUUAUGCACUUUCUUAUGUAACAUUUUAUUUAUAUUUGAGUUGUCUUUACACAUCAUAAAGUAUGAUGUGCAAUAAGGUAUGUGAUCAUAAAGAUGACGUGAAUCCUAGGUUAUUCUUUCUGGCUCAGUGUUUUUGCAGAUCUGUGAGUGUUAAACAGCCAAAUGCUCUCAGUCCAUCCGGCCUGUAGCAGAAAUGAGUGAAAAAAGGUGGACAGAGCACGCUGUCACUGCACUGCCAACAGGAAGCUCUCCAGUGAACACGCUCUGUGCCUGUGUUGAAGGACAUGGUCUUUAAAGGAUACUCCACAUAUGUAGUGGUUCUUUUUCAUAAAGACCAUUUUUUUGGUAUAAACGGAUCAAAGCAGCAAAAGUAGAGAUAUGUAUACUUUUAUAUUCCAGUGUGGUUCGGCGCCAAUUAAUUUUAGUUACACAGUGCUGUGAAAAAGUAUUUGCCCCCUUCUUGAGGGUUUUUUUUUUUUGUGUAUUUGUCACAUUUACAUGUUUCAGAUCAUCAAACAAAUUUUAAUAUUAGACAAAGAUAAUACAAAUUGAGUUUUUAAAUGAUGAUUUCAUCCUAAAAAUUUUUUCCUCCUUUGUUAAAUCGCACAUGCAGACCUGAUUAGUGCCUGUGAUACUAUUUAAUGAAGAAAUCCCUUCAGCAGAACCCGUCUGACACAGUGAAGGGUCUCAAAAAUAACCCAUCACCAUCUAAAGAACAGAUGAGAAACAAAGUCAAUGACAGCUGUCAGUGUGGACAGGGAUACAAAGCUCCACAAAUGGAGAAAACUUGGAACUGUGGCGAAGCUUCCCAGGAACCAAAAUUACUCAUCCAGGAGGUCACCAAAGAAGCUAGAACCACAUGUGAAGUUGCACGCCUCACUUGUCUCAGUUAAGGUCAGAGUUCAUGAUUCAAUAUGAUUCCAGAAUCCAGGUUUCUACAAACACAACCCAACACAAUUUGUGUCUCCUCCCAGGAUCAGAUGGGACUGCUUGCUUGAUAGGCAAAUGUAUAAACCACUACACUAUAGAGCCACUGGCACAACAAAUACAAGGAUCAGGUACAGAAGUACUUUGUGUUUGAGGUGGAUGAUGUAAUAAUAAUGUUAACAUUUUAAAUAAAUGGUCUGCUGUGAGUCUGUCAGUGAUCAAAACAACAUUUAAUAAAGAAGUGUUUAAGUACAGGGGAAAUUGUUCUGGUAACAAAUUGGGCAUCAAGAAUCGUGUACCAACCACUACAUUUAUAGUUUCAAGAUAUCCCUACUUAAAAAUGAUUAAAUAUGUUUAGCUGUUUAUGUUGAAGGCUAAAACCAAACUGAGAAUUACGACACGGAUUUGGGAAACUGCUGCUGUACUCGAUCCCUGCUUUAAAAUCCUGCCGGAUGUUUUUACAGCAUUAGAAUCAUUAAGAUUUCCAACUGUUUCUUUUAUCUUCAGCAUUCUUCCACUAACAGUAU